AUGGCAGAGCGGGUGUAUCCGAUGCGCAAUGGCGUGAUUCACAACAUGGACGCCAUGCAGGCGAUCUGGGACUACGCCUUGUGCAAGCGUCUUCCGUCGCAGGUGGGUCCUUCACGUGGGGGUAGGGCUGAAUGGCGGUAUGAAGACGGCCUCGCGUGGCUGCAGGACCGGCCCCUGCAGCUGAGCGAGCCACCGAACGUGUCACUGCGACAGCGGUGUGACCUUCUUGAAUUGUUCUUCGAAAAAUACCACUUUUCAGCAAUCCAGAUGGUUCACCAGGGUAUCCUGUCGCUCUUCGCGAACGGUGCCGAGUGUGGCGUCGUCGUCGAGUGCGGAGAGGGGCUCUCGCACUGCACGCCGGUGUUCGACGGAUGUGUGCUGGCGACUGCGCAGCGCCUCGUCGACGUGGCUGGUCACGCAGUAACCGAGCGUCUUGGGCAGGUCCUUGGACAACAGCAACCGCAUCGACGGUACCAGAGCCGACUGCCUACAGGCGCUGGGAGAGCUGCGCUGUCGUAUGCGUCUUGGCUCUCCGACGAUAUCGACACACUCCGGCAGAUCAAGGAGCGCUACUGCUAUGUGGCGACCCAGAAGAACGGCCUGGAGAAUCGGCUGACGUGUGAGACGAGCGCUCUACACUGCGACUGCGUGCUUCCGGACGGCACCUCCUGCCGCCUGGGGCCGGAGCGGUUCGCCGCGCCAGAAGUACUCUUCAACCCGCAAGAGAUGGAUCACGCGUGUGACGGCAUUGCCGUGGCGCUGUGGAAGUCGAUUGAGGCCGCCGACAUCGACGUGCGUGCCUCCCUCUAUGAUAGCAUCAUUCUUUCCGGAGGUUCUACCAUGCUGCCAGGGUUUGGGGCGCGGUUGGAGCGGGAGAUGAAGUCCCUCUACUUGAUAGAGAAGCUACACGGCGACCAGACACGUAUGGUGCGGUGUCCGAUCCGGGUGAAGGAGCCGCAACGACGGCAGCACAUGGUAUAUAUUGGCGGUGCCCUCCUUGCAGAACUAUCUCAGGAUCAGCCAGAGAGGUGGAUAUCACGGAGUGUCUAUGAGGAUGGCGGCCACUCCGCGAUUAUCGCUCGCUGCCAUACAACAGGCUGA